AUGUCAAGAAUUUUCUUUCCCAAUCCACUCUCAGGUGAAAAGUGCAAUGGUGAUGAAAACACAGUGUCAGAUAUGCUACGAGAGAAUGCUGCUUUAAUACACGCAAUAAAAGAUGCUCAAAAUGACGGUUGUGCAGAUAAAAUGCUUGAUUAUAUGAAAUUAUUACAUCGAAAUUUGCUAUGGUUGAGUUUAUUGGCUGAUAGCACGAAAAACAGUAAUAGUAGUGGAGAAACUGACACCAUUUCUAUUCUUUCGGUGAAUGUUAAAUUUGGUAAAUUAUGA